AUGGACACUGCCGCUCGAAACAUUCGCCGAAAGGCGCUGCAGAAGAUCGCAGCGCUUUCUGCUACGUCAUCUACAACCCCCUACGAGACUUCAGAUCUCGACAAGCUUUCCAAAGGAUGCCCAAAGCAUGGAAAGGUCAAUGGCAAGUCAAAUGGGCAUGGAAAUGGUGGCUCGGGGUCAUUGGCCGGCUCCCCCAUGAGUAUAAGAGAAUUUGAGGUCCUCCUAGCUUUGUGCAAAGCAGCUCCUCUUCUCCAGGCUCCUCAUAGUGCAGAGAAGCUUAUGAACCAAUUAUCUCCGUAUAUUCUAGAGGCUCACACUCAAGUCUUCCUCCCUUCGCCAUAUUUCCGCGAAAUCGAACCUUCCCCAGUGGAGGCCUUGAGCAACAACCUUACCACUGCUCUUCUCGGGCUCGGAAUAAACCAUAGUUAUAUGCGCGAUGCGAUUUCUGCAAAGCUAUGGAAGUAUUUGCAUCAUUGCUUUGAGGCAGCCGAGGCCGCUUCGCCGGCUCAAGCGCUUGGUUCGGACGAUGGAAGUUAUACUGAAGUGGAAGAUGCCAUUCAAACAGCAACAGUCACUAUCUCCAUCUUGGGAUUUCUCAAUUCAGCUGCCACUUUCGCUAAUUUCUGGACCGGGCCGGAACGACUGACCUUGAUACAGCGUGUGAAAAGGGUGUUGUCUGAAAGAUUCUUGGUAGCAGUUGAGACGGCCUUUUCUACAAUUCGCAAUUCGAACAGUCCGAAUGUUUCCGUGAAAGAGUGGAAACGAUAUGUUCAACAUUAUGCAGCCAUUGGACGGCCUCUUGGAGCCAUGAUUCUUCAACAAAGCUUUAUGUGGCUUCUUGUGGCCGGAUCUUCACUUCUAGACACAGAUGUCAGUGUUCUGAGAGGGGCUGACGUUCUGGAUAUUUAUAUGGCAGCCCCUGUUGCUUCUAGACCUACUUCUCGUCGUAGCGAAGAAUUGGAUUUUGAAACUAUUGAAACAAUGGCCAAUAUUGCAGCUGAUGAGAUGAGCCUUCUCGAAGAUGGCGCUGACUAUCUUCGCCUUGGGUCAACCUGGCAGCAACGAUUGGCGUUUUCUGUAAAAGCUAGUGCCCUUACGAGCUACCUGAAUUGCGCUCUGAUUAAUGAAGAUGCUGCAGACCCCGAUAUUCUCAUAUCCUGGCUGGAAGAUACCGUCGCGGAUUCGGUGCAAAUGGCAGACGAAGUACUAGCGAGUGUGGUUCUUCGUUCAAUGGCUCUAAUUUCAAAAAUCUCUCCUACUUUUGCGCCGAGUGUUAGCCGAUUGCUUCCUCGCUUCAUUGUUCAAGGUGGCCCACGAAGCCAGACAAUUGCUCUCGCCUCUACUUGCUUGGCCUACGUCCUUCGAACUCUAUCGCAAGAUGCUAUUAUUACCACCCUAUAUACCCUAGGGAACGUCCUGAGUUCUAGUUCCACUGCUGAUCGAGCCCUUGCUGGAGGGGUGAAUGGCGAUUUAUCGUUGGAUGGGAGUGUCAACUCUACAUUCUACAAUGGAAAACAAUCCACUGGAAGUAGCAUCUCUCUACCAAUGAGUGGAGAAGAGGAGACUGCGGUUGUUUACGGAAACGUUGUACAGGCUAUCUGUGGCAUUGCCAGCAGUUGUAAUGAUCCCAAAAUUACGGCUCUGGCUCAGGCAAUGCUGGUCCAGAAGAUCAACAAAAUCAACAGAGCAACCGACGCUCGUAUAAUCUCGGAGGCGGCUGGGCUAUCAUUGAGUGGGGGCCCACUCGAGUUCCGAGGGCUGCUCAAGCUCUAUGCUAGAAUAAGCCAAGAUGGAGUGACACAGAAUAGUGAGAUCUUGAUGGAUGCUGUAAUGAAAGCUCGGAACUUCCUGUCAUCGAACUUGCGCAAAGAUGGUCCCUUAUACGACAUUUAUCUGGAGCAUCUCCUCGAAUCUAUUAUCAGCAAAGGUGAUGUGCACCAGGCACAAAGCAAUCGGGAGUCAGAUGUUGAAGUUGCUGCUCGGGACAUCGGCCAGCUCUUACAGCCUCUUGCGAUUCUGAUGUCAAGUAACAAGAUGAUUUCGGAUGAUAGCAUUAGCGAGGAGACACUGUCUCUCACCCGCGACGCGUGGUUUAAUAUUGUCGUUCAUGGUUUCACAACUAAUACAGACCGUGGUAGGCAAUACAUUAAUGAACUGCGGCUCAUGGCAAUUCAUACGAAGCCUCUUGUUGGAGAGCAGCGAGGCGAGCAAGUCGAGAGCGAUAUCGAACUCAAUACUGUUCUUCGUCGCGGUAUGAGUGCUGAACACGAGUCAAUGCAAAAGAAACGCCUCACUUCACUCUUGCCAUCUAGAUCUUCAGAAAUCAGGAGCUUGAGCUACCGCAAAGUCAUAUUUUUACAAGCAGCAUAUCUAGUCGAAACACUAAGGGCUGACUCGGGUGAUUGCACGAAGGCUUUGAUAUAUUUUAUGGAGCCCAGCAUGCGCCGAGGGGAUAUGAGCAGCACAAUGGAAGCGAUUACUAUGGCAGUCAUGGAUACCUAUUUGAAAAAGACGUUGGGCGGUCUUGACCCAACCUUUUCAGCACCUUAUGUUGCGAAACAGCUUGCGCUUAUCUUCAGUGGGUGCUGCUAUCGUAUCGAAAGAGUCCAGCAAGCGGCAAUAAUGUGUGCGGACAGAUUGAUUCGCGAGGUUCCUUCUGCACUUUGCAAAACGUCCUCCCUCUUCGCACUUCUGGAAUCGUUGUCUCUCAUGUGGUCAAGCUGUUUGGAGGCUGAAACGGAUGAAUAUGAAUGGAAAUCAACCUUCACUUCCAUUCGCGGAAAGGUUACAAUUGAAUUAUCCGAUGAUUAUAGUCUUCGUCGUCGGACGCUAAACAAUCUUUACAAAAGGGCGAAAGGAUGGGUUACCGCCGUAAUCAGCAUUGCACCCCUGGACGUGAAGGGUCUUUUGCAGACAUAUCUCUCGGAGUACGAUGAUGAAGGUGCUUAUGGGCACGUAUCUUUAGGUAGAUCCUUUGCAACGGAGAUGGGCUCCGUCAUUCCAAGCUCAGAUCAAAGACUUGGUGCGAUAGAUCGUCACGGCGAUUGUAAUAUUAAUACUGCGUCUGAUUUCAUCGCUCAGUAUACCACGCGGCAAGAGUAUCGAUACGCAGAAGCACUACCGGACCAUGAUCCAGAAUGGUUACAUUUCUUGAAUCUCGAAAACCGACGUGGGUCUCUUGCUUCGAAGCCAGACAAAGAUGGUGAUGAUGCAGCGACUGUCCUUGCCCACAUCGAGGCUCGCACUGUCAAACGGAAAUACAUACCAAUCAAGGAACUCCGCGACGUCCUUCGAAGAGCUGCAGCACUUUUGUGUCGAUCGGAGAAAGACGAGUGUGCCAUAGUGCAUCACCUUGUCAACAUACCCUUUUCAAUCUUCACGAAGCAGUCCAUCAAACUUGGAAUAUCACUUUGGUUGGGGGUGAUUAAUGAGAACCCCCGUAUGGAGCCGCGGAUUUUGAUGGAAGUUGCACAGCAGUGGGAGUCAACUGUUCAUCGAAGACUUGGCAUUUUUAAUUCCAAAUUUCAUCACCCCGAUCCAUUUUAUGUAAAGGGAGAGUUUGCACCAAGCGAUCGGGCGAUGUUGUCGAAAAGACAGCAAACAGCAUACAAUCUUCUCGCACCUCACACACGUCUGUUGCAAUUCUUGGUAAGCCACUUCAAUGCAAGUCGCCUCGGCAGCCUACACGUAGAGAAGGCAUUCAUUAGAAUCCUAAACAUCACACUGGAUGGCUUGAAGCAUGCCACGGACCAUCCACUUGCGAGAGAAAUCAGAUUGCAAAUUGUUUUAUUUGGCCUCCAAGUCAUAAAGUACGCAACUUCUCUAGAUCUCAGCUCUCGAUGCCAGCUGAAGAAUAAGCUCUUGUCGGCUGCCUUGAGUUGGUUCACUUUUGCACCCAAAUGGUCCUUUGGCGGAAACAGAUUGCAGUUGAAGGCAGAGGUCCACUUACUUGAAGAUGUUUCCCAGGCUCUGAAGAGUGUUCCGAUUGUGGGGAAUAUACCAGUACCGCUUUCGAAAUCUCUACUAGCAAAAGAGAAUCUGUUGCAGGCUCUGAUGGAAAGUGAGCACACUAGACUAACUGUGUGGUUGUUUCCGUUGGGCGAGUCUGUACAAUCAUCGGGUCAGAAAUCAAGGGGCCCUAAUGAGGUACAUCUACGCCGCCUCUCACCUGAAAUUUUUAUAGCUAAACAUGAACAGGUUGUCCUCUCGGGUCUAGUGAGAACUGCAUGGACCGAAAGCCCCGCAUUGGCAAUAGAAUUAAUCUCUAGGUUCCCGUCUGCUAAACUUCACAAAGAGGUUCGAUGGCUCCUACUGAACUUCCCUGACAAGGCAAUAUCCGAACCGGAGGCAGUGCAGGUGUUACUUGGGGACACAUUACCAAAUGAUGUCUCGUUUCAACUAAAGUUUUUACUGUAUUGGGCACCCGUAAACCCGAUCACCGCGGUCACUUAUUUCUUACCUGCUUACCGCAACCAUCCGUUCAUCUUACAAUACGCUAUGCGAGCCUUGGAAAGUCACUCCGUGGAUGUGACAUUCUUUUUUGUCCCCCAGAUUGUGCAAACCUUGCGUUAUGAUGCCCUCGGAUACGUCGAGAGAUAUAUUGUGGAGACUGCGCAGUUCUCACAGCUUUUUGCGCAUCAAAUUAUCUGGAAUAUGAAGGCUAAUGCUUACAAAGAUGAAGAUUCUCAAAUUCCCGAUGCCGUCAAACCGACACUGGAUAAAGUAACAAGCCGCAUGAUUGCAAGCUUCUCUGGGGUCGAUAAAGGUUUCUUUGAGCGCGAAUUUGAGUUCUUCGACGAGGUUACGAGUAUUUCGGGGAAACUGAAGCCCUUUAUCAAGCGCCCAAAGGAAGAGAAGAAGCAAAAGAUUGAAGAGGAGCUACGAAAGAUCAAAGUCGAGGUCGGUGUCUACUUGCCUAGUAAUCCUGACGGAGUGGUCAUUGGAAUUGAUCGAAAAUCUGGGAAACCGCUCCAGAGUCAUGCUAAAGCCCCUUACAUGGCAACCUUCCGGAUCCAGAAGAGUAAAGGUGAUAUGGAAGGCACCGAUGAGCUUUUGGAAGAAACCAAUAAGAAUGGCCCAGGUCCAAAAGACGAGACAGUUGAAAUAUGGCAAUCUGCCAUUUUCAAGGUUGGAGACGAUUGUCGGCAAGACGUUCUGGCUCUCCAGAUGAUUGCCGCUUUUCGGGGGAUCUUCAACAACGUUGGUCUUGACGUCUACGUAUUCCCUUACCGCGUCACAGCAACAGCACCCGGCUGUGGUGUUAUCGAUGUUUUGCCAAACUCAAUCUCUCGGGACAUGGUCGGUCGAGAAGCUGUCAAUGGUCUUUAUGACUAUUUUGUUUCGAAAUAUGGCAAUGAAGAUUCUCCUCGCUUCCAGGAAGCACGAAGCAACUUUGUAAAAAGCAUGGCGGCUUACUCAAUCAUUUCAUUCCUGUUGCAAUUCAAAGAUCGACACAACGGCAAUAUCAUGAUCGACGACGCUGGACAUAUCUUGCACAUUGAUUUUGGAUUCUGUUUUGAUAUUGCACCUGGAGGUGUCAAGUUUGAAAGAGCGCCGUUCAAGCUUACAACAGAGAUGGUCGCUGUGAUGGGUGGCAGCACUGAUCACCAGGCCUAUAAAUGGUUUGAGGAACUGUGCGUCAAGGCAUACCUGGCUUCUCGGCAAUAUACAGAGAAGCUCUCCCAGCUGGUGCUGCUGAUGAUGGAUUCUGGUCUGCCAUGCUUCAAGCCAGAAACCAUCCAACAUUUCAAAGAGAGGUUCGUCUUGGAGAAGAGCGAGAGGGAGGCAGCAGACUUCAUGAAGGGCUUGAUCAAGAAGAGUCAGGGCAGCUACUCGACUGGGGUUUAUGAUCAGUUCCAACUGCUCACCAACGGUAUCCCGUACUAG